AUGUCUGACGAAGAAUCUGGUGAAAAAAUGGUUAUAGAAGUUUCUGGAGAUAAUAAUAUAAGAAAAGAAAUUAUUUCUUAUCUUAGAAGCGGCAAAAUCGAUUAUAAUUAUCAAAUCAAGUCAAAUUUUUUUACAUCUGAAAAAAAUAAACAUAAUGAAAUAAUUGGUAUUUGGGAAGAAGAAUAUAGUAAUGAAGAUAAUAAGUCAAAAUUUAAAAUUAUGAAAGUAAUAUCAAAAAAAAGUCAUUUAAAGAAACAAAGUGUUGCUGGUCUUAGUUGUGAAAAAGAAAAUAGAAAGGUUCUUAAUACUUUUUUAUUAUGUUAUGUUGAAGAUGGUGAUGAUGUUAAUUAUGGUUCGUUAAAAGGGAGGGUUAUUCUUAAAGGUAUUGAUAAUAAAGCGAUUGAAAAAAUUAAAAGACAUCCUGAAGAAUUAGCAGUGGCAAUUUUUUUAAAAUCUCAUAGUGAUUAUGAAAUUAAAUUUAUUGGAAAUUAA